GUCUACACUCAAGAAGCAUCCAUCCUUAAUCAACUCAAAUACUUGCCUUCCAUUAAGGACCUGAUUAAUUUCUAACCACCCUUAAUUAUCGCCUAUAAUAAUCUCAAGAUCUCACUAAUUAACUACUUCCUCGUAAAACCAAAACACCCCACUAGUUAUUCACUAUAUGGUGGAAGAAGUUUCGAUUUUUAAGGACGGUUUUAAAGGCUAUAUAUAUGAGUCUCUGAUCUUCAUCUUUUGUAGAUCAAAACAAUAUCUGGGUUUGAGAUAUUUUCCUCUGAAACUCACCUUCAGUUAUUGAAUUCAACAGUGAGAUCUGAUCCAUGGCUAACAAUUCAUCAAAUGGCGACAACCAAACAACCACUAAGCCACCGCCAUUGCCAUCUCCAUUGAGAUUUUCCAAAUUUUUUCAGUCAAAUAUGAGAAUUUUGGUUACCGGGGGAGCUGGAUUCAUUGGUUCUCAUCUGGUUGACAAAUUGAUGGAAAAUGAAAAAAAUGAGGUGAUUGUUGUUGAUAACUUCUUCACUGGCUCGAAGGACAAUCUUAAAAAAUGGAUUAGUCACCCAAGAUUUGAGCUUAUUCGUCAUGAUGUCACGGAGCCAUUGUUAAUUGAGGUUGAUCAGAUUUACCACCUUGCAUGCCCUGCUUCUCCGAUUUUCUAUAAGUACAAUCCUGUAAAGACAAUUAAGACCAAUGUGAUUGGCACCCUGAACAUGCUAGGACUUGCAAAGCGAGUCGGAGCAAGAAUUUUGCUUACAUCAACUUCAGAAGUUUAUGGGGAUCCUCUUAUACACCCUCAACCUGAGACCUAUUGGGGUAAUGUUAACCCAAUCGGGGUUCGGAGCUGUUAUGAUGAGGGGAAGCGUGUAGCUGAGACUUUGAUGUUUGAUUAUCAUAGACAGCAUGGGAUUGAAAUACGCAUUGCCAGAAUCUUUAACACUUAUGGACCACGUAUGAAUAUUGAUGAUGGGCGUGUGGUCAGCAAUUUCAUAGCACAGGCACUACGAGGUGAACCAUUGACCGUUCAAAAGCCUGGAACACAAACUCGUAGUUUCUGCUAUGUCUCUGAUAUGGUGGAUGGCCUCAUUCGCCUCAUGGAAGGAGAGAACACUGGACCUAUCAACAUUGGAAACCCAGGUGAAUUUACCAUGACUGAACUUGCUGAGACAGUGAAGGAGCUUAUCAAACCUGAUGUGGAGAUAAAAAUGGUUGAGAACACUCCUGACGAUCCACGACAGAGAAAACCUGACAUCACAAAAGCAAAGGAAUUGCUAGGAUGGGAGCCAAAGGUCAAGUUGCGGGACGGCCUUCCCCUUAUGGAAGAGGAUUUCCGUUUGAGACUUGGAGUUCCCAAGUAGUGAAUGCCAAUUGCAUGAACUAAGAAUUACAAAGUGAAAAUCUCAGUCAGCAGCUCUCCAAUGUGGAAGGUGCUUUAGAAGCAUAAAAUUUAUAUUCUUGUCAAAUGUUCAUGCUUUUCCUUAGGCCUCUCUUUUUCUUGUUCAUCGACACAUCAUAGGAAAUAAGUGAGACGAUUUCUCCCUUUCUGAAACCACAUUUACUUUUUUUUUUUUUCCCCUUUGUCAAGUUGAAUACUACCAAGUCUUUAUCGGCCCUAAUUUUGUUGCUACAAUACUUAAUUAAUAAAAUCUUUAUACCAAGUA